CCUCAUCAAUAUAGAAAAAGAUGAGUUUUCAAAUUUAUAUUUUGCUUGACCUAUAUAGCUAUAUUUAUUCCCUAGGCCAUGAUACUAUAUCAAAUAUUCCAAUCUUGCAAUGGUUGAAACCUUAAUGAACAUGUUAUGCUUUAUUCUCUUCAUAUAUGUGAAACUCAUGUUAUGAACAAAGUGUUAUAAAUAUAUAAACAAAUUAUUUCACAUUCAUACACAUCCAAUUUUCUUGAAAAUGAGUUCACUAAAUAUUUUCCCUUCUACCUUGAUCUCUAAUAAAAAAUUCCCAAUAAUUUUCCAAAAAAAAAACUCCCAAUUUUCUCUCCAUCAAAAAAAGAAACUACAACUUCUUCAUGACCAAAAAUAUGUUUCUAGUUUUAUUCAAUUAAACCAAGUUUCAUCCAAAAGAAAUUGCCUAUUAUACCCUUUGAAAUGUAAUAAAUCAGAUAAUUCAGAAAAUAAUAAUCCAGAAGAAGACCCAAAAGCUAUGGAAACAGUACAAAAACUUUAUAAAGCACUUAAAAGUAAAAAUCUUAUUGAAUUGUCUGAUAUAAUUGGAAAAGAAUGUAGAUGUAUUAGCAAUGUUGCCUCCUCCUUACAAACUUUCUAUGGUAAGGAGCAAGUUAUUGAUUUCUUCAAAUCAAUCAUAAAGCUCCUUGGGAAUAACAACUUUGAGAUUGUUUUCAAACCUACUACACAUGAUGGAACACAUGUUGGGGUUGCUUGGGAACUAGAAUGCAGUGAAACUCAUAUUCCUAUUGUGAAAGGUUUUGGAUUCUAUCAUUGUCAUUAUUACGAGGGUCGUAUGAUGAUAAGGAAUGUGGAGAUGAUCAUGGAGCCACUCCUUCAAAUUGAGCCACUUAGAUUGAAAAUAUCAUCCUUCCUUUUGAGAGCAAUUCAAAAGAUGACUCCAAAUAUUUUGAAGGGAAAGAUGAAAGAGGCUACGAAAAUCUUGUUAAUGAUUCUACUAUUUGUAGCUUUGCUGUAUUUGAUUAAGAACUUCAUGUAAUUCACUAGUAAUUUCCUUUUUUGAUUCAUAGCGAUUCUGAGUUUCCAAACUCCACUUGUGAAA